UCAACCCGGCGUUCGCCUUAGUUCACAUGACCCGGAAACCGGAAGCUUAACAUGGCCGCUUGAUGAGAGACGCCAAAUAGUAACAAUGCUGUCAAUUGGUAAUAUCAAAUAACCCUAUUAUCUGAAAGUGCUCGACAUCUUUCGUCAAUCCAUACGAUAAUGAAGCUACGUGUCCAACUUCAGUGUAAGAAUUUGCAUGAGUACUUGAGAGAGCUGAGUCCGGACAUCUUGGACAGACUGUACAACCAUCCAGCAACUUGUCUGGCGGUCUACAGGGAACUCCCCUCUAUGGCCAAGAAUUAUGUGAUACGUAUGCUGUUCCUGGAUCAGCCACUUCCACAGGCAGCAGUCGCAUUGUGGGUGAAUAAAGACAAUCAGAAGGAUCAUGAUGAAUGUGUCUCAGUGUUGGUAGGACUGUGCCUUUGGCACUGUCAGCAGCUCCAGGGUGGUCUGCAGGGAUACAUUUUAAAUCCAGUGUUCAAGGACAACCUUAUGAUUGCGCUGCUUGGCGGGGGCAAAGCAUGGGCGGAUGAGGGCAGCACUUUGGGUCCUGACCGCCAUGCACGGGACAUUGAGAGUCUUGACCGUUACGCUAUGGAGCGUUGGGAGGUCAUUCUGCAUUUCAUGGUGGGCUCUCCCAGUGCUGCUGUCAGUCAGGACUUGGCACAGCUGCUAGUUCAAGCAUGUCUCAUGAAAAGUGAGGCAGGAGAGGCGCCCUAUAUUACCUCAGCUGGUUUCCAGUUCCUCCUCCUGGACACCUCCUCUCAGCUGUGGUACUUCACCCUGCAGUACCUCAAAACUGCUCAGUCUAGAGGGAUGGACCUGGUGGAGAUCUUGUCAUUCUUAUUCCAGCUCAGUUUCUCUACUCUGGGCAGAGAUUACUCAGUGGAGGGCAUGAGUGAGUCGUUACUCACUUUCCUGCAGCAUCUGCGGGAGUUUGGACUGGUCUUCCAGAGGAAGAGAAAGUCAAGACGGUAUUACCCCACCAGACUGGCCAUCACUCUGGCUGCAGGGGUCACUACCAGCACCUCCUCCUGCUCUAACUUCACUUCCACUCCUGGUACUGGAGAUGCAGGCUUCAUUGUGGUGGAAACAAAUUAUCGUAUCUAUGCUUACACAAACUCCGAACUUCAGAUCGCUUUGGUGGCUCUCUUUAGUGAAAUGCUUUAUCACUUCCCUAAUGUCGUUGUGGCUCAAGUUACAAGGGAGUCAGUACAACAGGCCAUCGCCAAUGGUAUCACUGCACAGCAGAUCAUCCACUUUCUAAGGACCAGAGCUCACCCUGUCAUGCUUAAACAGUCUCCAGUGUUGCCUCCAACCAUAACAGAUCAGAUCCGACUAUGGGAGCUGGAGAGAGAUCGACUACAGUUCACAGAGGGAGUUCUGUAUAACCAGUUCCUCUCCCAGGCUGACUUUGAGGUGCUGCGAGACAGAGCUCAGGGUCUGGGCUGUCUGGUGUGGCAGGACGUGGCUCACAGGGUGAUGGUGGUGACUCCGCAAGGACACAGUGAGGUCAAGAGGUUCUGGAAACGACAGAAGUCCCACUCAUAAUUGGUUAUAAGAUGCACACAUAGACCUCAUUUUUCUUUCCCUUUUUAAUAAGAUGUUUUGUGUAAUUUGUAAUUAUGUUGAUGGAUUACUGUCCUAUACAAUACAAGUGAAGAAGCUUGUAAACAUGGAAUAAAUAUCAGCAUUGCAAAUGUUUUUUGUGGAAAGGAAUAUAUUAAUUUGGUUGGUUCAAACACUGAAUGUAAAUGGAACUGUUUUUUGUUUUCACAAGAAUACACCAUAGGGACCUUUAAGCCUUGUAUGUUCAUGGAUUGCAGGGGGUCAUUGGAUAUCUAUAAUAAUGAAGCUUUUGUAAAGGAAUAGCCUGAUGUUUCAUUAAUUAUCUGAUUAAACCAGCAUAACUAAAGUACAAACAGUUCUUUUUCACACAUUUUUUUCAGCCCACAGGUUGAAACCAGAUUUAUCAAGUGCUCAGUUGUCUAAUAUCUGACCUGACGGAGAAACAUCAAACCAAAACGAAAACAUAAGCAUCAGAGUAAAACUGACAGUUCUGAAGUGUUCACAUUUUCAGACUAAAUGGGGGGCUGCGGCUGAGGGAUAGAGUUGUUGUCUAUGUGAAUGGGUGAAUGGCAAAAAACUGCAACGGGAAGGUUUUUUCAUGAAAGGUCUAUCAACCACUGUUUAUCUCUGCCAAUCACGCAUAUCACUUGUGUGUAUGUUAGGCGGCAGAGGCAGUUUAAUUCCCUCUGAAAGUUGGGAAAGUAGUCCUUUUGCAUAGCUCGACGUUUGUUGGAAACUCUUAAUUUCUUUUUUUUUCUCUCCUGUCACUGUUUUUUUUGCUCAUUGCCUUUUGUACAAUUCAAUAAAUUUGGUUGAGACCAA